AUGGACGCUGGCGGUCUUGCUCAAAUGACUUACAACAACAACUUCAAUAAUGGCACCUCUCUCGGUGUUCCGAGCUCGGGUUUCGCCUCGCGAGGCAAGGGCUCACACAUCAAGAGAUUGAGUGUCCCCCCUCAGGUGGCCACCAUCGAUGAGUCCCAGCCCUCGAUCUCCACUCCGCGUACCAGUCGCUCGCACCUCUUGGCUGGUCUGCGCACUGCUCCUCGUUCCGCCACUAUUCCUUCUCAGCAUCAACAGCGAAAUGGUAUGGAAGACCCUCGAUUCCACGUCCUGCCUAACCGAGGCCUGGACCGAGUUCCGCAAACUGCCACGGGAGCUGGAUUCCCGCAGCACGCAUAUGCCAACAAUCAGAGAAUGGGUGGGCAUGGCGGACACAGCGGACAUCGGGAACGCCCGAUGUACACUCUUCCGGAGCAGGUUCUUGCACCUCCCACCCUUGAAAUGGGGGUCGAUCCUGGCAUGGAUGAGAACAUGUAUGCCGAACUGAUGUCGACCAAUCUCUUCCUGGCGGCUCAACAGCAGCGCCUGCAGCAGCAGUUGAUCAGCGUCACUGCUGCAGCUCAGCAGUUCCAAGGUCUCAACUUAGGAGGAAUGCCUAUCCAGCACCAGCCCGCCCCUUCGCCUUCGAUGCCUGGCAUGGGAUUCUACCAACAGCAACUGUUGCAGGGUGUGCAGCCCAUCGUGCAGCCUGUCCCUGGCCAGCCUGGCCUGUUCUCCGUCUACAACCCUCUCACCGGUCAACAAAGUUACAUCAUGGAUAACAGCUCUGAGGAAACCAGCUCGCUAUAUGCGGACAACCAUCUGGCCGGUCACCAGGUUCCUCAAUUUCGCGCUGAAAUCUCCCCGCCCGCAGAGUCGGCUCCAUCGCACAUGUACUUUUCGCAGCCCAUCUCGCCGCCAAGUGGCACUCCUUCCCCGCCGACCGAGUCCACUGCUUUCCGCCGUAACCACCGAAAGAAUCCGCCGUUCAACCCAGCACUCAAGACCAGCAUCGAUACGACCAAGGCCAAUGUCGGUCCAGGCCCCCGGUCCGCCGCUCUGCCUCCCACUCCUGCCACAGGCACAUUCGGACCCGGUCAAGCUCGCGCGGGCGAGCACCCGAUCCGUCAGCCUCGUGGCCCGCCCUCGCUGGAGGAUCUCGUGGCCAAGCCGACUUCCAAGCACGAAGGAAGCAAGAAUUUCGCAACUCGUCAACGUCGACGUGCUGUCCACAACCUGGUUCGCGCUGGAAUUGAGCGCCGAGGUGACACUCGUAGCUUUGGAUACAACAGCAGCGGAGGCACCAACACUCCCGCCAGUGAGAAGGAAUUCACCUUCUCCGAUGGUGACGAUGCCACCGUUCGCAGUGGUAGCCUCUCCAGCAAGCCCAGCCUCGGCAGCCUGCGCGCAGCCGCCAGCGGCGCCAUUGGAUCUGAGCGCAAGGAGAAGUCCGGCCGUGAGCGCAAGUCUCCGGACAGCCCCUACCAGAGCGGAACUCCCACGAGCGAAGACGGUUACUUCGGGUCGAAGCUAGCGGAAAUCCGCGCGGACAAUAUCUCCCUCCCCAGUGAGGCUUCCUCGCCCUCCGUGGCGGCUGUCGUCGCGGGCCAAGGAUCAACUGCUCAAGGCCCCGAGCGGCGCAAGACGCCGAUGCUUGUGUUGUCCAGCGCUGAGAAGCGCAAGACCCCCAUCAUGUAA